UCGAAUGAUAGCUCGGUUUAUCAAUUCACUGUUGUUUUUGUUGUUGUCAGCAUUUUUUUCUGUUCUGUUGUGCUUCGAAAAAUCUUUAUCAAACAUAAAAUAAAAUUCACUGUUUAUUAUUUAUAUGUAAGACGAAUAGGAUCAACUAAAUCACAGACCAUUUAGUUUACUUAUCAUUAUUUAUGAUGGCAUCAAAUUACGAACACGAAGUUUUAAACUUGGAAUGUUCCGUCGGUCAUGCCCAAUACAUUGAGAGCGUAAACAUUUUAUUGAAAAUUUUAAACAAUGUCAUACGUGAACCGCAAAAUGAUAAAUACCGUACCAUCCGCCUUGAAAAUAAGAUUAUCAAAGAGAAGCUACUGUGUCUGACGGGUGUUCAAGAAUUUUUGAAAAAAAUUGGAUUUAUUGAGGUGAAUGGAACAUUGAAUUUGCCGACAAAUGUUUUGAUUGCAACCAUUCGAAAGUAUCGAGAUCAGCUGAACGACCGCUAUGAACGUAUUAAAAAUGGGACACCGGGUGAGCCACAAAACGAGGCAAUGAGUUCAAAACCAUCAGGAUCGAAUACGAUAAAACCACGGCCCACCAAAAUUAUCCCCUUGAAAUCGUAUUCGGAGCGAAUCAAAUUUGAGAAACUAGUGCCGUUCCAAAAUGAGUUUUUACAAAACAUGGAAUUUCGUUCGGAUGAAGUUAUGCAAUAUGAAGAUGAUCGUCUGCAAUAUUAUGGUCGACGAAUGAUUCCGAUUCGAACGCUUACUGAAAAUGCGGUGAAAAGCAUGAGAGCUGUACAAAAACAACAACUAAACGCGAGCCAUGGCACAAGCGAUGCAAUUAAAGAUCCAAGUUUUGACGAUUGGUUUCUGGUUGAAUUAACAAAAUGGUUCAAUGAAUCGUUUUUUGAAUGGAUCAAUACAUUGCCGUGUAAGGUGUGCGGACAAGAUAAUGCACGAACCAAAGGCACACAAGUCGAGAACAAUACACGAGUCGAGGUUUUAUACUGUUGCAAUACACAAACAAAAUUCUAUCGAUAUAAUGAUGUGGCGCAGUUGCUGUUGACACGCAAAGGACGUUGCGGUGAAUAUGCCAAUUGUUUUACAUUUUUAUGCCGAUGUCUUGGAUAUGAAGCUCGAUUGGUUCAAGCGACUUUUGAUCAUGUUUGGACUGAGGUCUUUUCAGAAGCUCAGAACCGGUGGAUUCAUGUCGAUCCAUCCGACAACGUAAUCGAUGCACCCUUGAUGUAUCAACAUGGUUGGAAGCGAAACGUGGACUACGUUAUUGCCUUUUCGAGUGAAGACAUUCAAGAUGUGACAUGGCGUUAUGCAAAUAAUCACAAAGAAACCAUACGACAUCGACAACGAUGCACCGAAUCGGAAUUACUGAAAACACUUCUUCUGCUUAGAGAAAAGCGACAACAAAAUUUGUCGGCGGCGCGUAGAUAUUAUUUGAAAAAGCGCAAUUUACGUGAAAUAGUUGAUUUGAUCGUUCAGAGGCCACCGACCGAAAAUGAAUUGAAAGGAAGAAGUUCGGGCAGUUUGAACUGGCGACUUACACGUGGCGAGGACCAACCAUGUUCAUCAAACAAUUUCUUCGUCUUCAACGCAUCAGAGACUGAAAUCAGUGCAAAGCAAUUUAAUCUUCGUUAUUCUUGUGCAAAAAACGAAUAUGAACGAUACAUAAAACGUUCAAGCGAUUUUAUAGAUGUUAUAAAGGCGACAAAAUCAUGGCAGUCUUGUGCUUAUCGAUGGGAAAAUAUUUUUCGAAAAGAAGAACGAGAUUGGAAAAUGGUCUAUUUGGCGAGAACUGAGGAUGCGAACCAUGCAGAAAUUGAAUAUAAAUUCGAUUUUUCACAACUUAAAAUUAACGACAUUUCACUGAAGUUUGAUAUGAAGAUUUACGAAAGUGGAGAGAUUGAGGUUAGAUUUUUACAUAAAGGCAAAGUGUUACCAAACUUCCAAAGCAUCAAAAACUUGGAUUCAUUCUCGAUUUGCGUGAAAUUAACUGGAGGCAACGGCGAUUGUGCCUGGCAACACACACAGCUGUUUCGACAAUCGAUUUUGGACGCUGAUGAAUUUCCAUUCGAUUUAAAUAUUACAUUUUUCUAAUGCAUUCCUUCUAGCAUUCCUUUAAU